UACUGUUUUAUGGCAACCCUGUCGUAAUUUUUCGUGUGGUUAGCAAACAAAAUAAGAAAAUUAUCGCAAUAUUUUAAGUAAAUCGAUUGUAUUUCCUUAAAUUCAAAUAAUUCUUAUCAAGAUUGCACAGUCAAACUGGAUUGAAGAUAAUGAUGGAUUCUGACGCGUCCGGCGCGGAUUUCUGCCGGUUUUGUAGGUCGGAGGCAUCCUCCGACAGACCACUGUUCCAUCCUUGCAUUUGUACGGGCUCGAUCAAAUGGAUCCAUCAGGAAUGUUUAGUACAGUGGAUGAGGUACUCUCGGAAGGAGAUUUGCGAGUUGUGCGGCCACCGAUUCUCGUUUAUGCCAAUUUAUUCUCCGGACAUGCCCAGGAGGUUGCCUAUUCGCGAUGUAGUGGGAGGACUUGUGACAUCGGUGGCAUCAGCUGUGAAAGAUUGGUUGCAUUAUACCUUGGUGGCUCUCGCGUGGCUCGGGAUCGUUCCUCUUACAGCCUGUAGGACCUACCGCUGCCUUUUCUCAGGAUCUCUAGAUCCAGUGAUUUCCCUGCCCUUUGACAUUGUGUCAGCUGAGAAUCUGGCUAAAGAUGUUUUCUCUGGUUGCUUUGUUGUGACGUGCACACUGUUUUCCUUUAUCGGUCUUGUUUGGCUGAGAGAGCAAAUUAUGCAUGGAGGAGGACCAGACUGGAUGGAAAGAGAAGUGUUGCCAGCCCCAGCACAAGAAGACAUACCAUUGCCAGAUAAUAAUAAUGACAGAUUGGAUGAGCAAGCUGAGGAUGUUGGAGGUCGAGAAGAAGGGAUUGUUGACGAUGUUGAUGAUCUUCUAGUUGGUGAUGAAGCUAAUUGGAAUCCCAUGGAAUGGGACCGAGCAGCCGCUGAGGAGUUGACCUGGGCUAGACUAUUAGGCUUAGAUGGCUCUAUGGUUUUUCUGGAGCAUGUCUUCUGGGUUGUGUCAUUAAACACACUAUUCAUUGUUGUGUUUGCAUUUUGCCCAUACCAUAUUGGGAGAAUUGGGGCAGCUGUAGCAGGGUUGAAUGCUGAAGGUCCGUUUGCUGGCCCUCUUACUGCACUUGCAGGUUACGUGUUGGUGGGAGCUAUUCUGGUGGUGUUCCAUGGCAUUGCUUCACUGUUGCGCCUAAGAAGUGCUAAGAAAGCCCUAGGAUUCUGUUAUGUGGUUGUGAAAGUGGCCCUUCUUUCUGUCGUUGAGAUUGGUGUGAUACCCCUUGUCUGUGGAUGGUGGCUGGACCUCUGUUCACUUUCAAUGUUUGAUGCCACUCUCAAAGACCGAGAAGCAAGUCUCCAAGCGGCACCCUGGACACUUAUGUUCAUACAUUGGCUUGUUGGAAUGGUCUAUGUGUACUAUUUUGCUUCGUUUAUACUAUUGUUGAGAGAGGUCUUGAGGCCAGGAGUGUUAUGGUUCUUGAAAAACUUGAAUGAUCCAGAUUUCAGUCCUGUACAGGAAAUGAUCCACCUGUCUGUCUGGUGUCACAUCCGCCGACUCAUACUGUCCGCCAUGAUAUUUGGUACAGCUGUACUCUUCAUGUUAUGGCUGCCGAUUCGAGUCAUAAAGUAUGUUAUCCCAGGAUUCCUGCCGUAUGCUGUUGCUGUCCAUACGGAGGCGCCGGUCAAUGAACUUAGUUUGGAGUUGCUUCUACUCCAAGUGAUUCUCCCAGCUUUACUGGAGCAAUCGCACACCCGCACGUGGCUGAAGGCGGGGCUUCGCGCGUGGUGCUCGCUGGCGGCGGGCGCGCUCGGGCUCCGCUCGUACUUGUUGGGCGCCGCAAGGAAUGAACCUCUUCAGCCUUUGCAGCCCCCACCCGUGCAACUAGCGGCUGCGCACCAGGCGCUGAUGCGUCGUGACGGCCCGGCCGGGUUUGAGCCGUACGCGCGAGUGUCGUGGUUUCCGCUGCGGCUGGCCGCUCUGUUGGUAUUAGUUUCCGUCUCGCUCGUCAUGGCGAGCGCACUCAUUUUGGUGAUCCCAGUUGCAAUCGGUAGAAAAGUGAUGGCUAUUUGGUUGCCUAAAGCGUCGGAAGGCGUCCACGAGUUGUAUACGGCGGCAUGCGGUAUGUACGUGUGCUGGGCGGUGGGGCGCGGCGGGUCGCUGUGCGCGGGCUGGGCGCGCGGCGGGCGCAGCGCGCUGGUGUCGCGUGCUGCGCUCUGGGCACGGCGGGCCGCGCGCGCCGCCGCCGCCGCGCUGCUGCUGCUCGGCCUCGUGCCGCUCCUGUUCGGCUUGCUGCUGGAGCUGGUGCUAGUGAUACCUCUUCGCGUGCCACUGGAACAAUCGCCAGUGCUGUUCGUCUGGCAAGACUGGGCGUUAGGCGUGUUGUACACGAAGAUAGUGUGCGCCCUCACUAUGAUGGGCCCGGAUUGGAGCAUGCGCCGAGCUAUCGAGAAGGCGUAUAGAGACGGCAUUCGAGAGAUGGAUCUGAAAUUCAUCGUGACGGAAGUGGCGGCGCCCAUCGUGUGCUGGCUGGGGCUGGCGCUGGCCGUGCCGUACGCGCUGGCGCACAGCGUGGCGCCGCUGCUGCUGGCGGCGCCCGCGCAGCGCAACCUGCUGGCGCGCCGCGUCUACCCCGCGCUGCUGCUCUGCGCGCUGCUCUGUGCGCUCGCCGUCUUCCAGAUACGACAAUUCCGCAAACUAUACGAGCACAUUAAAAACGACAAAUAUUUAGUCGGCCAGAGACUAGUCAACUACGACCAUCGGCGGCACAAACAGAGCGCAGUCACCUCUAACUGAAACACGUACGAGUGAACAAGACGACGGUAUAGAUAGACCUCUUAUUUACAGCUGUGCGAGCGAGACGACGGCAUAGUGGACUUAUUUACAGCUUGCGUGUACUCGAGUCAAACGCACGAUUCAAACAGAGAGUGUGAGAUUUUAUUUUAUAAUCGAGAAGUCAGACUGAUAUUUGUUGCGUUGGAAUGAUUCUAUUUUUGAAUGACAGUCCUAUAUCGUGUAAAUUAAUACUGGCGCGUUACAGCAAGAUAAAAAAUAAAACAAUUUUUUCUCGAUUAUCCACGCCCAUUCAUUGGUUAUUUUAGUUUUCGGAAAAGGACCAUAAAAUACUAACGUAAUAUUUGUGUUAAUUUUUUUAAUCUAAGAUAUUAGAGGGUUCUAUAUAAUCUAUUUUUUCGAGAGUUACUAUUUCGAUUUCAUUACUAAAACACCGAUCCGAGUUGUUUGGCAAAAUAUAAAUUCAGAGAUAUUUUUUAUAGUGUGCGUCGUUUUGGCUCAAGUACAACGCAUUUGUUGCCAACAUGUCUUAUUUUGAAAAUAUUUUUUCUAUAUUAUGUAUCUGUAUUUAGUUUAAAAAAUUGAGUUUUUCUGAUUAGAAGAGACGACUGUAUAAUGAUAGUUAUACACUGUGAGAGUUUUAUAUACAGGUUUUUUUUAUAAAGAGUUUGUCGAUAGUCCAAAAUUACCAUUUGAAUAAUAUAUGCUAUAAUUUUCUUUUUUUCUUUAAAUUUUGUUACAUGUGAUAAAACUCUCACAUGCUGUAGAGAUCUGUGGACCGAUUCAGAGUUAUUUUUUAAUAAAGAAAUACUUUUUAAUGUGCUAGCAGAGACUUCAAAUGAAAAUAUGAACCGAGUUACAUGAAAAUUAUUUGCAUGCUUAAAUGUUAUAUACUUAUCUGAUGCGUGGUUCACAUUUUUCUGAAGUCGAUGUCGGAGAAUAUAAAUUCAAAAUUUUAGCAACCAUCUGAACUUGAAUUAAUUUGUAACGCGUAAAACUAAGACCAAACGUUGAACUGUCGAUAGAAAUUGUAUUUUUUUCUUUUUUUAAUAUUGUAAAAAUUGUUUAAAAGACGAUAGAGUGAGAAACGUAAUGUUUGUACCGGAUUGGACAUUAUAUUAGAUUAAUAUCGGCCACAUGUUAUUUUAAAAUAUUAUUUAAGUACAAUGUAAGCAGUAAUUGGUGUGCAUUUUGUAUUUAAAUUACAAGUAUAUGUAUAUUUGUGUCAUCACAUGUUAUUCCCGCGUAAUAUAUUUUUUCAUAACUUAAAUGACGUAUAGGAUGUAAUAUAACUUGGAAAUUAUUAACUGGACUAUGACGAGAACUGGCUAACUGUGACUGAGGACAAAAUAAAACUUUAAACAAAUGGCCAUGAUAUAGGUAUGUAUAUUAAACUUUCACCUGACCCUAACUUGCGGCUAUAGUGAAUUUAAAUGUUGACCUGGCAACAUUACACAAAAAAGAAGUAAGCACAACCCAGGGCAGUCUUGUAUCUUAUACAUUGUAUAUUUAUGUCUGUGGUCUUAUAUACGGCUCCUUUUAUCAAAAAAUAUAAAUUAUAUUGCACACAUACUUGGUGCAAUAAUAUGAAGUUCUCACAUAGAAAAAUAAUAUGCUAGUCAUAACAAUCAAUUAUUUUGUAGUAAACUCGGUGUAAUUUAUAUUACGCGGAAGUAACCUUUUUAGAAUGCACCACCUUGAUUUACGCAUUUCUUGUUUCGACGGGCCUCUGAAGUAAAUACGAGGAAAUUAUAUGCAAUUGACUAUGUUUCUUUCUUUCUCUUAUGAUACGGGUUCUCGCUUGCGUCCAUAGAUGUUAUUAUACGGAAAACAGUUAGGCAUGGAUCGUACUUGUAAAAUCGCGUACCAAUACUUUGAAAGUAUUUUAUGAAAAAAUAAUCCCAAAAGUUAGCGAAGCAAAGCUUACAAUAGUUUUGGCAAAAAAAUAGUUGAUGUUCUAAAAGUUACACACACGACUAUGAUCUAUAACAUGGCUGUAAAAAAUGUCAAUUUUAUUUAUUAAUGUUUAUAAAAAAACGCGUCCGAGUUAAAUGCUUUGAAGCGUUUACGUACAUAUUUGAAAACAAGAAACUUGGUUUUAAAACCUGGUCGCAUAAAUACGUAUCAUCCAUCCAUUCCAAGACAGUAUUUUAGUAGUUCAUGUUAAUGAUUAAUAUAUAACAUAGUGCUUCAUGCCGUGAAAUCUUAAUAUGUAAAAUGAAUAAAUGUCUAGAAAGUGAAUGACUGAAUGCCGCACAACCCGAUACUCUGGGAUUGGGUUGUGCGUCGAUAUGUCAGUCCCUAGAAGUGUCUAAAAUAGAUACAUACAUACACUAAGAGAGGAUUUCCCGCGGGAUCGGGAAUUAUGGUGUUAUUGCGUAUUACGCGCACGGAGCCGCGGGCGUCCUUUCCAUCAUUUACAAAAGUUUCAAUGGCCCGUUGUUUGCUGGACACCAAUAUGCUUUUGAAAUAUAUUCGCCUUAUAUAAAACAGUGCAACGAAUGAAAAGACAAAACACACAAUGUUAACUAGUUGUUUAAAUGGUCUCGAGGUUAAGGAUUGUUUAUCACAAGAAAAUUAAUUUCGAAUUAUUUUACAUUUUUAAAUAGUGGCUUUUGCGUGCAUGAUUUUUUUGUGCCGCGUAAUAUGCUUGUCUCUGAGUCACAAUUAAAUUCAAUCUUAUUUUUUUUUGCAGUAAAUAGGGUUUAAACAAUCUCAAAUUGUCACGUUUGAUUCCAUCAGGUCAUGAUAAAAAAAAAGUUCUUGAUUUUAUUUUAAAACUUCCAAAAUGUCAGUAAGACCAGAUAACACAUAGGUAUCUCAAUCUGUGUGAUUUGUCAUUUAAAGUUUAUUUUUUAUCCGCAAACUGUGCUUUGAUUCUGUGAUAUUUUCAAUGUCUUCCCUGUUUGAAUCUUACCAGUGAAAUAACCUCGUAUUUAUUUCGGACGGCUGCUAUUUUAUGUAAAGUUAUUGUGUAAUAACAUAGUUAAGCUACAGCUUAGCGUAUUUUUUUAACUUCCACGGAAAAAGGGCUUGUUUUGGGGUAUAUGAUGGCACUUCGCACAGUAUGAACUUUGCUUGCCAAACUUCUUUCAAAAAAGACUUAGUAUAAUUAUAAUUAUCAAUGGUAAUUUAUUGCGUAUUCAAAAGUAAGUUUUUGCGAUGAGCACAAUUUUUGUCAAAAACGUGCAGAUAUUAUCCAAAUGUUCUCUAAAUAUAUAUAUAUUGAGGAUUACUAAUCAAAAAAUUAUAUGGCAAAAUCAGAUGUUAAUAAUAACAUCCAAGUUUAAGUAAAUUACCGUUGAUAAAAUUGCCUAAUGUUUUUUAGUCUGUAAUCAUAUAACAUAACAUUAUUUUUUCAACCAUUUGCCUUUGAAUUAGCAAAGGUUUAUUGUAACGCCCUUCAAGAUAUAAGACAUGACAAUAUUAAGAAAAUGCUGAACAAUAUUCAGUGGACUAGUUAGACAAAAUACUGUAGGAGGUAAUAAUGUUUAUUUACAUAAAACAUGAAAUGCUUUAUCAACUUAUUAAUCUUCUUUGAUUUUUUUUCAUAUCCUUGAUAAAAUCACGUCUUAUUUCUUGAGGGUUGCCACAUUCUUCAUAGGAUUUAAAUAUUAGUUUGAUAGGAAUCUUGGCGGAGUUACAAUAAAGCUAAUAUGAAAACAACGUGGAACGAUAUCUGGCCUGUUAAAAACAGUGAAAUAUUGUUCGCGAUCGGUGCGAAAAAUUUUUUUUUUGUUUAUUCAAUUCAUUUGGACUUGUUAAGUAGUUUUAUACUUUUAUUUAUUUAUUAUACGCUGCUCAAUAUUGUAAUUAUUUUGACUUUCUGUCACUUAAAGAGGAGGUUUUUGCUCGGUAUUGUAUGUACUUCAAAUGUUAAUAGGUUUAAUAUUCACACCGUAAUUGCAGUCUUUAUUUUGAUUAUUUUAUUAAACAGUUGUAUUUCGUAUUGCAGUUGUAUAUAGGUACGGUCGCGUUCAUAAUUGCAGUCAUAGUUCGCAAAACUUUAUAGCUUGCAGUCACCGCUGUCACUCACACAUUCACACAAAUAACACAAUAAACAACAAGCGGUGAAGCGUUGGGUAGC